AUGGACGCGCCGAAUCCGACGAGAUCAGAUGCAACCACGACGCCGGCGACGGCGGACGACGACGCCGCCGUCGACUACUCCAACCUCCCGCCGGAUAUCGUCGCCGACAUCCACGCCCGCCUCACCCACCUCGACCGCCUCACCGUCGCCGCCGUCUUCGGCGCCGCGGGCCACUCGAUGAACCUGGAGGAGCCAUGGCUGGCCAUCCCCGGCGGCGAGACGACGACGACCGCGCCGGCGCCGCCCACCAAGCUCUACUCCAUCUCCGACCGCCGCGCCGCCGCCGCACGGGCCGGGGAGGCCGCGAUGAGGGGCUGCUUCUUCCUCGGCGGCUCCGGUGACGGUUGGCUCGUCACCGCCGACAAGAGGUCGCGGCUUCGCAUGGUCAACCCGGUCACCGGAGCUCACCGCGCGUUGCCGGCGAUCACCACGUGCCCGUUCUUCUACACGACGAGCUGGGCCGGCCGCGGCUCCCACGUCAACCUCACGGCGGGGCCGUUCAUGCGGGUCAGGCACGGCGGCGGCCCGCCGCCGCCGCCGCCGGAGCAGCUGAUCGGCACGUCGCUGUACACGGUGACCGCCGGCCAGGUGCGCCAGUACGUGUACCGCAAGGUGGUGCUCUCCGCCGCCGCCGCGUGCCCCGGCAGCAGCUACGCCGCCAUGCUGGUCCUCUCCCCGGACCUCGGCGCGCCGAUGUUCGCGACGUCCGACGACCCGGCGUGGCGCGUGGCGCCGUCGCGCGACGGCGUCGAGGACGCCAUCCACCAUCGCGGCCGAUUCUACUCCGUCACCUACACGGGCGUCGUCGAGGAGUGGGACCGCGGCGGCGGCGGGUUCACCAGCAGAACCGUCGCGACGGCGCCGCUCAAGCCCGACGACCUCAAGAACCGCAAGUACAUCGCGGCGGCGCCGGACGGCAAGCUGAUGGUGGUGGUCAAGUUCUUCAAGGACAUAAAAUACCAGACCAGAGGCAGGGAUGGAUAUUUGCGGAGAACGCACACGGUCACGGACAAGCGUGUGCUGUUCAAGCUGCUGGUGCUCGACGACGAGGAGACGACGAGCGGCGGGGACCUCGCCGGCGGAUGCAUCUACUUCACCGACGACGACGUGGCGCGGGGUCGUCCGUUCGACAAGAGCAAGGACGAUGAUCACUGGCGUUACAGGGAGGACGACAGGGAGAUCGUCGCCGGCGUGUACAGCCUCGAGAAGCACAGGGCGCACAAGCUGCCGUUGCUCCAGCGGCGGCGGCGCACGCCCAGUUACGGUCACGAUCACGACGACGACGACGAUAACUAUGAUGGCAAUGCCGAUGCCGAUGACAAUGGUGGCGGCGGUGAUGAUGAUGGUGAGGAUGAGGAGGAGGUGCAGAUAGGCAAGAUCUGGCCGCCGCCGGUGUGGUUCAAGCGUUGCACCUCCGCCACCUCCUCUUCUUCCUAA